AUGGAAGCUUUUGUGAGUCAUUUACUUGACUUUUACUCCAAAUCCAUUCUCCGAAAUGAAUAUGCCAUCACCUAUUUGGAUAAUAAUUAUUAUUCAUUAUGUUUUCUAACGGGUUCAAUUUUGAUGAUGUGGACCUUCUUGAUUGCAAUACCAUUGAGUGUCAUACAAACAUGUUUCUUGAAAUACAAUGAAUUUUCGACAACUUCCAAACGAUCCAAUAGUCGAAUUUGGAGAAUAUGGCCUAGUACUUGUUCUUGCUUUCGUCAAAUAGAAUCCAAAUGGACACAUUUAAAAAUCUCAACUCGUUCAUCAUCAUUGGAAAUUCAUGAAAAGAAUUUGGAUCAUGCAGCCAAUCAACACUUUGAAGAAAUUGAAAGACAUGAUUUAGAAGAGUCAAACCAUCAUGAAAUGAGAACAGUUGAAUCGAAUUCACUUCGAACCUGUCUCGACACAUUCACAUGCAUUGCCUUCUUCAUUUCAUGUGUCUUGUUGGCAUUUAUUUUUUUAUUAAGCUCAACUUUUAGCAAGAUGCAUUUCAUGUGGUCGUCGUUGUGUAUGACAAGUGUAUUUUGUAUGUGGUUGUUGGGAGUUUUUGUGUUGGAUGUGAAAAGAAUAGUUGUUGGUCUUGUUAAAAACUGUCGACGACGUGACAACAAGCACACACAAAAGACCAUGGAAUUGAAUCAUACCUCUUCGACUCAUUCUUCGAAUGUAUCAAUUACCUUAGAAGAAGAAAUGGGACAUGAAGAAUGGAAUCCUGAGGAAACACAUGAAGAGAAAUUAUUAUCAACAAUUCCGAAAGACACUUCUUCUUUACAACCUGUCAAUCCUAUGGAACCCAUGGAGGACAAGACCAUUUCCACUCAACAGAAACACUCUCAACAAGAACCAUUCACACCAUUUUCCUCACGCCUCAUGUCACUAUUAAGGUUUUGCGUGAACACAAAAAUUUCACAUGUGGUUCCAAGUUCUCGAGCUGGUUCACUACUUUCACAAAUGGUCAAACCACGCAUUGCCAACAAGCCCAUUCUCUUCACGACACUCAUUCUAUGUGUGAGUGUUUCCCUAAUUUUCCUUUUCUGUACAUUACUUUCCUAUUCCUUGUAUCAUAUAUGCAUUGCUACAGAUCCAAUUGAAAUUUCAACUUUAUUUUCGAGAACAGUCCUGAGUAAUCGAACGUGUGCAUUGGACGAUAUUUGUUUUACGUAUUUAACCGUUCCAGAACACAUGAAUUCUCAAAUCAUUGUCAAUUUUCAAGUCUCCCUUUCGAGUGGUGAACAAUUUUUCAAUCCGUUAGUGGAAUUUAAAAAAUUCAAUCCAGCCCUUUCUUUCAAUCCAGACACCAUUCGAAAUCAUUUAGAUUUUUGGAAUUUCCUCCGUACAGAACAAACUCUCGCGCAGCAAGCCAAAUGUUUUCGAAUGGAAAAUAUUUUCGAAGAAAUUCGAUUUCAAUGUUUAGCUGAAAUAACCACUCUCGAAUCCGACUCUUCCUACAUGGUUCGAGCUGUUUUCGAAUCUGAUCCAAACUCUUCUCGUAAGCGUCACAUUGGAUCUAUUCUCAAAUUUCGAACGACACCUUCCGAAGAACAUUUCACAAAAAACAUUCCAUUCCUUAAUGGAGGAGAUUUAUCAUGGCGGGAACCAACAUUUGCUCUUGCAAAAUACAUUCACUCGUUGGGAAUGAAUGAUCACUCUCCGAAACAAAUGGAAGAUCUAGCUCCGUAUUUUGCCAUUGUCGGCGGUGAUGUUAGUUAUGAUAAUGGAUGUUCUGCUUGUUAUCGAAGAUGGGACGAUUGGUUUCAAAAAUGGAAUCUUUACAUGACGACGAGUAUUUCUUAUGAAUCUGAAGGUGGUCUGAUGGAUUCACAACAUGAUGAAAGAAGAAAUGAUGAAAACGAUCGUGCAUUGGAAAUUCAGAAGAAUUUUGAAAUUAGUCAUGUCUAUUCACUUCCCAUGUUGACAGCUGUCGGAAAUCAUGAAGCUGGAAAUUUCAUGAGACCUCGAUCCGAUAAUUCGUAUUACAUUCGUUAUUUUCCAAUGUCCAUUUCGAACGAGUCAACUGCAACCUUAUGGAAGGAUCAACAUCGAAUGGAAGAUCCACAAUUCACACGAUCGUUACAACACGUUCAUUACUUGUCAAGACAUACCAUGAUUGUUGUGUUGGAUAGUUGGGUUCAUGAAUCACCUUUCGAUCAAGUUCAAUAUUUAAUCGAUUUAUUUGAAAGUUCAGAGUUGAAGAAGAAACAACAAUUUGUGAAAAAUCGAAUUGUGGUGAUUCAUCAUCCCAUGUAUUCAUCGGAGAAGAUCAAGACUGUUAUUUCAAAGGAAAUGAUUAUGGCAUGGGAAAUUUUAUUUUUAAAGUAUAACGUGACAGCUGUGUUUGAAAAUCAUGUACAUGCUUACAAACAGACCUAUCCUAUUAAGGAAGGUAAGGUCGUGACGACACAAAGUGCAUCACAACUUGGAGAGUUUGAAACACAAGAUGACAAUUCUUUGUUUGUAUAUGAAAAACGACCACAUGAAUAUUCACAGCAUGGAAUUAUUUACAUUGGAGAUGGUUCAUGGGGAGUGACGAAUUGGGAUCCAAGUUUAGAUUUUGAAAAUCCCAUUUUUCGACAAGUGGGUUAUUUGAGUCAUGUGUUUCAUGUGAAUACGAGAGAAUUGGAAUCGGGUGAGGUCGUGUUGGAUUUAUCAGCACUGGGUUAUAAUACUACGACGGAGUCGAUUCAUCAGGUCGAAGGUUCGAGAUUGAGAAUUCUCACUGGAUGA